AUGGGUGGUUCAAGUACUUGUAAUGUACCAUUGGAGGAAAAUUUGGUAUACGAUGUUGAACUUCUUCCUCAUGAUCCGGGAAAAAGAAUAAACAUAAUGGAUUACCCCGCAAAUGAACGAAAUACAGUUAGGAGGGGUUAUAUUCUUAAAAAACCUUGCCAACCAAAAACUCAUGACUUUCCUCAAAGACAAGUGUCUGGUUUACGUCGCUUUAGUGUUCAUUGGUUCAAGAAAUGGGAUUGGCUUGAGUAUAGUAUUGAAAAAGAUGCUGCAUUUUGUUUUGUAUGUUACUUGUUCAAGAAUGAAGUUGAUAGUUAUUCGGGGGGUGAUGCAUUUGUUGAUGGAGGGUUUAGGGCAUGGAAUAAACCGGAAAGAUUUGAGAAGCAUGUUGGUGGAAUUAACAGUUUGGCAUUUCGUGGACAUGAUGAAAGCGGGGAGUCAUAUAAUAGGGGUAAUUUCCUUGAGCUUUUGAAAUGGUUAGGAGAAAAGGUUGAGGAAGUAAGACAACAUACUCUUGAAAAUGCACCUAAAAAUUGUCAAAUGAUUUCCCCUUCUAUUCAAAAGGACAUUAUUAAUUGUUGUGCCAAAGAAACAACUAGGUGCAUAAUAGAAGAAGUUGGUGAUGAUUACUUUGCCAUAUUAGCCGAUGAGUCAAGUGAUGUGUCCCAAAAAGAACAACUAGCUCUUGUUUUGCGCUUUGUUAAUAGAGAUAGUGGAAAGGUAAUGGAGCGAUUUUUAGGCAUUGUUCAUGUUGGUAAUACUACCGCUUUAACUCUUAAAGAUGCAAUCAUGUCUUUACUUGUUGAACAUUCAUUGAGUCCAUCUAUGAUAAGGGGGCAAGGGUACGAUGGAGCUAGCAACAUGAAAGGUGAAAUAAAUGGUCUUAAGACUUUGAUUAUGAAUGAUACUCCAAGUGCCUACUACGUACAUUGUUUUGCUCAUCAACUUCAACUAACACUAGUUGCCGUUGCUAAAAAGAAUGAUAGUUGUGGUUGGCUUUUUGAGAUACUUGCAAAUUUAUUGAAUGUGGUUGGAGUUUCUUGCAAGAGAAGAGAAAUGAUUCGACAAGAUCAAGCUCAAGAAGUUGCUCGAGCAUUGGAUGUAGGGGAUAUUGUGAGUGGAUCGGGUUUAAAUCAAGAACUUGGUUUGAAAAGGCCCGGGGAUACUCGUUGGAGUUCUUAUUACAAGUCUAUUUCAAACAUCAUCCUCUUAUUUCCUACAAUUGUUAAGGUACUUGUACACAUUGGGAAGCAUGGUGUAUCGGAAGAUAAGUUCAAAGCUCAAAUUGUUUUAGGACAAUUAGAGUCAUUUGACUUUGUUUUUAUUGCUCACUUGAUGUUGACUAUUUUUGGUUACACUAAUGAUUUGUGUGUUGCUUUUCAAAGAAAGGAGCAAGAUAUUGUAAAUGCCAUGGAACUUGUCACUUACGCAAAAUUGGUGUUGCAAAAAAUGAGGGAGCAAGGAUGGGAUACUCUCUUAAACAAGGUAACUUCAUUUUGUCCUAAACAUGGUAUUGUUGUUCCCACUAUGGAUUCUCCUUAUGUUCCUCAAGGAAGAUCAAGACGUUUUGUUGAAGAAGCAACAAAUGAACAUCAUUUUCGGGUUGGAAUUUUUGUAAGAGUGAUUGAUUUGCAUCUUCAAGAACUUGAUGAUCGAUUAAAUGAGAGGAAUAUGGAGAUACUAAUAUGUAUGGCUUGUUUAAGUCCUAAAGAUAACUUCUCAUCCUUUGAUAAAGAUAAGGUACUUAAACUUGCCUCUUUUUAUCCCGAAGAAUUUUCAAGCUUUGAUUUGAUGGCUCUUGAAUGUCAACUUGAUAUAUUCAUGGAGAAUAUGCUAAAUGAUGAUAGAUUUCAAGGUUUAAAUGACCUUAACUCUCUUUCUAUGAUGCUUGUUAAAACUAAUAAGCAUAAGACUUUUCCUCUUAUUCAUUUGCUUAUCAAGUUGAUGUUGAUUCUUCCGGUUGCCACGGCAAGUGUUGAAAGAGUCUUUUCCGCAAUGACAUGUGUCAAAAAUAAGUUGCGAAAUAGCAUGGGUGAUCAACUUAUGAAUGAUUGUUUGGUCACUUUUAUUGAAAAGGAUGUCUUCCUAAGAGUUUCCGAUAAAAAAUUGUUGAUCGCUUCCAAAAUAUGA